CUUGACCUCCUUCUCUUUACAUCUGUCAGCAAGCAUCACAGAGAAGCAAAAAUGCCGCCGAAGUUUGACCCAUCUCAGGUGGUCGACGUUUACGUGAGGGUGACCGGCGGCGAAGUCGGUGCAGCCAGUUCCCUCGCUCCCAAGAUCGGUCCUCUGGGACUUUCUCCCAAGAAAAUCGGAGAAGACAUCGCCAAAGAAACUGCCAAGGACUGGAAGGGCCUCCGUGUCACCGUCAAGCUCACCGUCCAGAACCGUCAGGCCAAGGUCACCGUCGUGCCCUCAGCCGCCGCUUUGGUUAUCAAGGCGUUGAAGGAGCCAGAGAGAGACAGGAAGAAGACAAAGAACAUAAAGCAUAAUGGGAACAUCUCUCUUGAUGAUGUUAUUGAGAUUGCUAAGGUUAUGAGUGUGAGAUCGAUGGCGAAGGAUCUGAGUGGGACAGUGAAGGAAAUUUUGGGGACUUGUGUUUCUGUUGGGUGUACUGUUGAUGGGAAAGAUCCAAAAGAUUUGCAGCAGGAGAUUACUGAUGGUGAUGUUGAGAUUUCUGAAUGAUUGAGAAAUUGUUGCUCUUUUUGGUUUUUUUAAAGUUUCCGAAAGAUCUCAUUUGAUGUUUUUGUCUAAUUUUAUCGUAUCUGGAUGCUUAAGGAUGUUUUCUAAGGUUAUUUACUACUUUAUUAUCGAGGGUAUUUUUGCUA